UGAGAUUAUUUAUUGUUUGUUCAGUUAUUUAUUCAAUGCAUUAUAAAAUAUUAUUUAUUUUUAUUUUAAAAUAUUUUAUUAAUUUAUCUUUUGCAACCAUAAGCACACACGUUAAAUGGGAUAAAUCACAAGGAGAUUUUAUUCCUAUAAACAACACUUCUGUUGAUCAAUUUGAAAGUCCAUUUCGUAAACGAUCGCAUCAAUUAGAAGUUCAUAAAUUUCAAGGCGAAUUAAUAAAACUUGCUUAUUAUGAGGAAAAAAAUCUUAUUGACUUUUAUGACAAAGAUUCAAAAGUUACUGGAAUCUGUGGAGAAAUAUGGAAUAUAUUAUCAGAAUAUUUAAACUUUACACUUUUGCCAGUUAAAAUUAAAGACACUAAUUUUGGACGUAAAACAGCGAAUGGUACUUACACUGGAUUAUUAGGAAUAUUAGAAAGAAGAGAAGUGCAUGUCUUACCACGGGUCAAUUAUUAUUUGGCCCAUUGGAAUAUGAUGGAUUAUACCGUUCCAGUAUGGAAGAAUAGUGCACAUAUGUAUAACCGUCCAGAGUAUAAAUCCAACGAAUCAUGGAUCUUUCGAUUGUUCAGUUGGCGAGUAUGGCUAUUGUUGGCGACAAUGUUAAUUAUUUUCAGUGUACUAGGAAGUUUAUCUGAAAAAAUAUUACCUGCACAAACUCAAAAAGAUUAUUUAAGACUUCAGGAUUAUUUUUUUUACACGUUUGCUACAUUCUGUUCUCAAGGCUGGUUACCACAAGCUUUAGAAGAAAAAUGCAAGAUACUUGAAUUGUCAAAACGAAUAUUUUCUUGGUUUCUUCUUAUUACUAUUAGUACUCAUUUAGUAUCUCAUAUGACAAACACUGCUAUGGUUCCACCAUUUAGUAACUUUGAAUCACUUCUCAACAGUACAAAUUAUCAGAUUUUAGUUCACAAUGGAUCAUUGUCUUUCGCAAGGAUCAAAAUGGAAGCUGAAGUUCACGGUAAACAAUACUUGAGUCGUUUUCAUUUCGUAGCUUCUAAAGAAAGAAUGACUCACCGAGCUUGCUGGAGUAAAAAAAAAUAUGCCAUUGUUGAAGCUGAUGACCGACAACAAGCUUCAGGUAUGAAAAAUUGUUACUUAGUUAAAACUGGCGAGCCCCUUUUUUCAACUUGGACCACUAAUGGAAUUGUCAAAGGAUUUAAAUAUAAGCGUUCUUUUGAUAUAGGGAUUAUUAGAUUGCAUGAAUGUGGUCUACUUGAUGGUCUGAUAGAUCGUUGGAUGCCAUCCAAAAUUACACAGUUAAAUGAUUAUGUUGGAUAUAGUAUAAAUUUUGAUCACGUUUUCAUACUUUUUGUAAUAAUGUUCUUCGCCGGGAUAGUUUCUAUUUUUAUAUGUGUUGUUGAAAAUAUUGUAUUUUUACAUAAUCGUUAUUUAAAUGAGAAAAAAAAGUUGAUUAUACAAAAAAAACGACGGCAACAACGGAUUCACGCUAAACGAUUUUUAUUCAUAACCAAAACGCAAUUGAAAACUUUGAAAGCAUCUGCAAAAACUCGACACUUUUUCAAAUGAUUUAUUCAACUUGUUUGUGAAAUUUAUUCGUCUCACUUUAAAGUGUCAAAAUUAUUAUCGAAAUAAAAAUAAACGGUAAUUAUUGUUAUCAUUUUUUAAAUUUCAAAAAUUUUUUAGCAACUUUUUAAAAUUAUUUGAUUGCCUUCAAAUUUAUUGAAGCUCGUUAUCGUAUUUGUAAAAUAAUAAGUCAAAUAUUUUAGAGUGAGAACUGAUAAAAAAAAACAAAAAAAACUAAUGAUUGUCACCCUAAUUUAUAUUCGUAAUAUGCACGGAAAAAAAUUUACUGUUGCAGCAACAGGAGGCAUUCAUGGUGGAGCAACGGGAUUUUCCUGUAGCUGCAACAGGAGUCAGCCAUGUUGC